CAACGGUCGUGUUCCAUGCACAGAUCCGGCUUGGACCAUGGACAGCGGAGUCGAUGCUAGGCGGAUCCUUGUUACGCAGGAUUGACAAGAGUUUGCGCUUGAAUGGGUUCUCAUCCUGCUUCUCGCGCCACCAGUUACACCAUACUUAUACGCGUGCGCAAUUGGGUGCAUACUUCCGUGGUUUCCGGAGUAAGGGCUUGGGAGAGUUCGGAUUCGGCCCGCAAGAUGAUGACAGAUGAUGACCGGAAGUGGAGCUGGGCACGUUUAACGCCGUAUAUAUGCCUGCGAUUGCAUUCGGAGAGCAUGCCCGCUCAUCCUCACAAUGGCCGAUUGGCCAACUUCACAUUGUCGCGAACGUUUUUUCCGUGACUCGUUUCUAUCGGCCAUGGACGGUACCAGCAGCCCGGGACAGUGGUACGAAACAGGCUUCUGGAUCGUCAAUACUCUGUUGGUCCUGGAAAUAGGGGUUUUCUGUCAUGUUUUGAGGCGGCUGCGCAUGUGUGAUGUACCAAAGUAUUCAGACAGACGUCGUAUACUUCCUAUCCUUUAUCUUCCGCUUGUUGGUGGUCUCUCGACAUCCGUAGGGUAUGCUGGCCUGAUGAGACACGCCGACCUGAACAACAUCGUGCUUGUUGCCCAGAUGAUGGCCUUGUGCGCUCUUCUGGCUCCAGUCUUGAACAUUGUUCCGCUGAAAGACGAGGGCGAGUCCUCCGUGAGACGCCGCACACUCAGAUCCUGGACAACCUGCACGUUGAUAGCAUUUCUGGUAACAUCCUGGGGUGAGCGCCGGGUUUGGUCUAUCCAACAACCCAGACCACGAACCAAGUAACAUCGAUAGACUACGAUGGACUCUUGGACGCGCUACUUGGAGGCCAACUCGAGUCCCCACUCCAUAACUACAUACAACCUAUGAUAACAUAGUCUGCG